AUGUCUUCUCAUACUCAACUUUCCUCUACCUCCUCCACUACCUCCACGAAGCUCUGCUCUCGGACCUACAAGAAAGCUUCCCAGCUGUUUCUCACAAGACGUCUACCAGAGGCUUUAUUCAACCUCCAGCCAAUUUUAACAGUCCCAUCACCAUCUGAAGACCAACAGACGAAUGGCGAUUACGCUGCGGCUCUCGCGCCGAUCGCCACUGCCUCCAGCACGUGGAGAAUCAAGGUGUGGAACUUCUACAUCACGCUCCUCAGCGCGAUCGUAGAACUCGGCGCGGAAGAAGGCAAAAACCAAUUUGGACAAAAAGAAUGGAAGGACUUUGCGACACAAGUUCGUGAGGGUGGAAUUUGGGAGCAUGUUGUGCAGGUCGGAUACCAAGGUCGAGAGGGCUCUGUAGAUGCCGAGGUGGUCUAUGUGCUGUAUGUUUCUAAAAACAACCAACCGCCUUUUUUCCCCUCCCCCCUUUCCGUGUACGAAAGUUCAUCACAGCUGACAUGUAAAUUCAUCAAAAGGGCCACAUUACUCCUCAAUCACUCAUCUUCACAAGCACUCAACCAACAACGACUUGAAACAUAUCUGUCAUCAUACGGACAACCCAAUUUAGAUCUGGCAGAUCGAUUACAGAAUGCAUCCGCCGACAUUCAACAACGGAUCUCUGCCACUGGCGGCACAGACACACCGAAAGAUUUGACGGCCCGGGUCCGAAUCAUUGAAUUAUUCACUCUGCAUGUCCUUCCCCGCAAUGAGGAAUGGGAGUACGCCCAGGAGUUCAUCAACCUAAGCGAAGUCCUCGACGAAGAUCGCAAAGAACUUUUCCUCCAAACACUAGAAGGUCUGAAAGAAGAGAAGGAGCGCGGUGAAAUGCGCGCCGCGGAACUGCAACGUGCCAAAGAUGCCGAGCUGGAGCGACAACAAGAGGAUGAGCGCCGAAGAGCCGAGGAGGAAGCUGCAGCUGCUGCCCGCCAGCAGCAACCCAAUGGUCAGAAGCGAAAUACUAGUGAGGUUGAUUACGGCAUUGAGAAGGGAAGUUCACGCAGUGGUUCCAAGGUGAAAUCACCUAAAUCGACAGACAAGUCAUCGAAUGGCAAAGCAACCCCCCGCACGGCUCUAUCAUCCUCGAAUUCUAAAAAUACAAAGAAACCAGUCAAGCCGGUUUCUCGAGGGAAUCAGGCACGGGCGGUGGCUACGUCUAUUCGCAACCUUUUCAAGAAAAUUAUCCAGAAUGUUUCUGGGAACCCACUAUCACUAGUUCGGUUAUUGCUUUUUGUGCUUGGUAUUUUGAUGGCAUUCAGCCGACAAGAUAUACGUGAACGAGUCCGCAGGAUCACGGGUUCGGCAUGGCAGAAAGUUAAGGGUACAGUUGGGAUGGGUGUAAAGGUCAGCUAUAUCUGA